UUCACUUCUGGCACUGCCGCAGCAAUGGCGCUGGCAGAAGAGACUGCUGCGCAACGCUGAAGGAUCAUCACUGGGCGGAUGGGAGCCAGCUCCUUGCUAUUCUCGAUUGAAGCGAUUGUUGUGAUCUCGAAUCAGCUGUUCCUGGCAGUAGCAACUCUGCAGUAACGGAGUGCAGAUCGAAUAUUCUGGCUUGGCUGUUGUCACAGAAGACUUCCGCGAAGCCUUUGCUGCAUCGCUCCACCUUCAGCAUGUCUGCUCUCGGAUUUGGUUUUGGCAGCACAUGGCAGCACUGAUGGUGCAUGGUAUCACUGGAUGUGACGAAUGAGCAGGAUGGACUUUGGAAGCACUGAUGGCACUUGGAAUGUUUUUGGGAUUGCACCCAAGCUCCCAUGUCUCCAUGAUCUUGGACAAGACCUCGGAGCCUGCUCCAAGCUGCACCUCCAUUUUGGGCACCAGCCAUGUCAUGAAGCAGGCUCAAGUGCGGAGAAGAUUGCCGCUUGAUUCGAGCAGAAAUCGCACAUCAAUUGGCUCGAUUUGUCACUCCUUGCUGGGCUGGCCUCAUCUGCCUCAGAAUUCUGCAAUCUCUUUGAGUACUUCCUUCCGCUCGUCGUCAAGAUUGCAAGCCAUGCCUCAAGAGAGUCAAGAGAGUCAAAGCACUCGUGUGGAAGAGUCUCUGCAAUGCUCCAGUACGUAUGCUGCAAAAACUCCAGUACGGAAGCAGAAGUCUUUGACGAAGAGCUGGAGCUUUCCUCACUGCCACUGCCACUUUCAGAAUCGCUAGAGGCUUCAGAUUCAUCGGCUCUUUGAUCAGAGUGUGCACAUGACAGCUUGAACUUCGAAGUGACGGUGCAAGGCCACUGAUUGCAGCAUGUGUCACGCUCUGCCAGC